UGCAAAUGACCCAGCAUGUUUGUGACAUCAGGAGCAGGCAGUGGGCGCCCAGGGAGAGCGCUGACAGGCUGAGUGCUCCCUGGCCGGCCGGCCGGCGGGGCUCGGGGGUGCCAGGCCCAGCUGCAGGGGCACAGCGAGCCAGGGCAGAGCCGCGUGUGCCUGGCCGGCCGGCGGGGCUCGGGGGUGCCAGGCCCAGCUGCGGGGGCACAGCGAGCCAGGGCAGAGCCGCGUGUGCCUGGCUGAGAGGAGGCGAGUCCCGGCUCUGCGACGGAGAGAUGCUUCAGGAGAAGGCUCCCCAGCCCAGCCUGGCCCAAGGAGCAGGGAAGGGUCCCUCUGACGAGGGGAGUCUCCUCCCAGCAGACGUCCUUGCCAGCACGGAGUGGGUCCUGGACACCCUGCUGCUCCUGGCAGCUCUUCACAUCCUCUCUCAGGCGGCAGCCACCUUCUCCUGCCUCUUCCUCGUACUGCCCUUGAGCUUCUUCUUCUUGGAAAUUCAUGGCAGGGGGAGCCCAGCGUCUGAGGAGACGCGGCAGCCGGACACAAGCCUGGGGCGCAGAGCAGGCGAGCGGCCCCCAGACAAGGGGCUUCUCCGGGGGGGACGUCCUCCAGUGUCUGCGGGGCACCCUGGACGUGCUGGGUUCGCUGGUGGCCGUUUACUUCCUGAUUCGCACUGGCCUCGUCGUCUGGGCCCUGGCUGACCC